AUGUUAUCUCAAUCGGAAAUAUUCUAUCCAUCAUUUGUUAUUUCUUUACUUGAUAUUAUUUUAUCAAAACCUAAACAAAUUAAAAUUUCUUCUCAAUAUAUUAGUGCAGCUUCUAUAGCUAGUCAUUUAGAACCAAUUGGUAUAUUAACAUUAGAAUGUUUUAUUCGUUUAAAUCAAACAAAUGAAACAAAUGAAGUUAUAUAUGAAUCAAUAAAAAAAAAAUUUAAAUCAGAUCCUAUUUUAAAUAAUCAAUUAUAUAAAGAUAUUGAUUAUUGGCUUGAAUUAGCUAAAUGUUAUCGUUCAAUAACAAAUUAUGAUGAUGUACGUGGUAUUUUUUUUUGUCAAAUUUCAUCAUUAAAAUCUUUAACAUUAAAAGCUAUUGAAGAAGAAAGUCAUUCAGAUUUUUUAUCAGCUUUAAAUAGUUAUGUAACAGCAUUAGAACAAUAUCCAUUAACAAAUGAUACAAUAAAUGAUUCAGUAUUAGAAUUAGAACAUGAAUUUUGGACACAAUCAAUGUUAAAUUGUUGUAAUCAAUUAAAUAAUUGGACAAUUUUGUCUAAACAUAUAUUUAUUGGAAAUACAACAUUUGAUACAUUAUGGUCAAAUGCAUAUCAAUUAAAUUAUUUAAUGCCAUAUGCUAUACGUACUAAACUUAAAUUACUUAUAUCAGGUACUAAACAAGAACAAUUAGAACAAGAAGAUCUUUGUCAAUUUUUUAAUAAUUUAUCAUCAACUACAAAUAUUACAUCAACAGCAACAUCCGAUUCUGAAACAACAUUUGUUGAACGUUCGUAUAUUGAAAAACAAUAUCCAUGUGAAUUGGCGACUUUCUUUCUUUAUCAAAAAGAUUUUGAUCGUAAUAGUUUAAGUGAAUAUGGUCGUAAUACUACAAUACAAUUAAUUCAACCAUAUCAUGAACUUGAUCAAUUUCUUAUUUUUAUUGAACAUAAUUUACCUUUACUUAAAACACUUGAAAAUCAUUAUUUAACAAAUAAUAAAAAUGAUACAAUAACUCGUGAUUUAUUUCAUGAACGUAUACAUAAUGAUUUACUUUCACAAUGGAAAUUACCAGAUGUUAUUCGUAGUUCUAUUCCAAUAUGGGAUGAUAUUAUUACUAAUCGAGCUCUAUUUUUAGAUAUUCUUAAUGAAUUAGUCGGUGGACCACGAAUGACAUUUACAAGUCGUUUAAAAGCAUUAGAAUUUGAUUCAAUACUUAUUGAUUAUAAAGUUCAAUUAUCACUUGAUAUGGCAUAUUAUGCAUUACGACAACGUAAUUUUAAAUUAUCUCUAACAAAAUUAAAUGAUACACGUAAUCGACUUGAUUUAUGUCAAAAUCCAUUAAUAAAAUCAAUUUAUUGGAAUGAAAUCUAUUGUGAUGUACAUUUAAAACGUCAUCAAAUUCAAUCAUCAAUAUCAACAUUAUCAAGUUUAUUAUCAACACUUGUUGCUAAAGAAUUAAAAAAAAUGGAAAUAAAAAUAAAUUCAUUACAAAUUAUUGAUGAACGAACAGCUUCAUUAAAUUCAACAUAUAUACAAUUAAAUUCACAAUUUUCUCGUACAGUUAUAGAUUUUUUAUUUGCACAACCAAAAUCUUAUUUUGAUUAUGGAAAUGGUAAUAAAAUUUCACAAGCUAAACAUAGACAAUUAGAAAUAUAUUUAUAUGGUUCAGAUGAUCAAACAACUAAUAUACAGACAGCAGAUUUAUUAAUUAAUGAAUUAUUUAAUAAAAGUCUUAAUAUAUUAAAAAAUAAUAUUGAAAAACAAGAAACAGAUUUACAAAAUUUAUCGACAAAUAUUCGUAUUGCUAAAGAAAAUAUUCUUAGUCGGGAUUAUAAUGAAUUAGCAAGUCUUUGUGAUGAUUAUUUACGUCGAUAUGAAAAUAAUGAAGAUGAAAAUAAUUUAAUGCAUAAUUUAUUUUCUGGUAAUAAUAGUAAUAAAAUAGCAGAAAUAAUUGUUAAAUCUGUUCUAUCAUCAAUGAAAUAUGGUUCAAAUGAAGGAGUUAAACGUUUUUCACGUUUAUUACAAAUAAUUGAAUGA